AUGCAGAAAUUUUUUAAACAAAAAUUACCAUCAGAAGAACAAGAUUCUAUUUCUCAACAACAACAUAUUAAGUUUAAUUUGAAAGAGUUGCCAUCAGAUCUUGGAAAGCAACCUAAAAUGUCAGCAUAUCAUUCAAAUGAUCAAGAAUACGCAUAA